AUGGACAAAUCAAAGGUAGACUACAGCGUCUACCUCGUCACCGACUCGACCCCAGCCAUCCUCGGCACCAAAGACCUCGUCCGCGUCGUCGAGGCCGCCGUGCGAGGCGGCGUCUCGAUCGUGCAGUACCGCGACAAGCACAGCGACAGGCAGACGGCCGUGCAGACGGCGAGGAAGCUGCUCGAGGUGACGAGGCGGUUUGGGGUGCCGCUGCUGGUGAAUGACCGGGUGGACGUUGCGGUUGAGGUUGGCUGUGAGGGGGUGCAUAUCGGACAGGAUGACAUGGCAUACGAAGAAGCCCGCAAACUGCUCGGCCCCGACAAAAUCAUCGGCGUCACAGCAAGCUCCGUCGACGAAGCCCUCGCCGCAUGCAAAGCCGGCGCCGACUAUCUCGGCCUCGGCACCGUCUACGCAACUCCAACCAAAAAAGACACAAAAUCCAUCAUCGGCCCCUCCGGCAUCCGCUCCAUCCUCCAAGCCCUCUCCUCUGCCGGCCACGCCUCCAUCCCCACCGUCUGCAUAGGCGGCAUCAACGCCCGCAACGCCACCGCCGUGCUCCUCGAAUCCAGCGCCGCGCCCCAGAAGAGCCUCGACGGCAUCGCCGUCGUCAGCGCCCUCGUCGCCGCCGACGACCCGGCCGCUGCGGCGCGCGACCUGCUGGCCAAGGUCGUCACGGGACGGGUGCCCGACGUGCUGAGGGCUGUGGCGGAGGCGACGCCGCUUUCGCAUAACAUGACGAACUUGGUCGUGCAAAACUUUGCGGCGAAUGUCGCCCUUGCUGUCGGAGCCAGCCCCAUCAUGGCAAACUACGCCGAAGAAGCCGCCGACCUGGCCAAGCUGGGCGGCGCUCUCGUCAUCAACAUGGGCACGGUGACGCCCGACGGCUUGAAGAACCACAUCCAGGCCAUCCAGGCGUACAAUGCCGCUGGCGGACCCGUCGUGCUCGAUCCCGUUGGCGCAGGCGCAACAUCCAUCCGCCGCUCCGCCGUCCAAACGCUCCUCUCCUCCGGCAAAUUCACAAUCAUCAAAGGCAACGAGCGCGAAAUCCACACCAUAAGCAACACAUCCUCCGCCAUCGUCCAACGCGGCGUCGACUCCUCCUCCACGCUCUCCAUCCCGCAACGCGCCGCGCUCGCGAAAUCCGUCUCCCGCUCCACCGGCGGCGGCGCCGUCGUCGUCCUCACCGGCAAAACCGACAUCGUCAGCGACGGGGUGCGGACCCUGAGGAUUGACAACGGGCAUGAGUACCUCGGGAGGGUCACGGGCACGGGAUGUACCCUUGGGACGACGCUGAGCGCCAUGGUCGCUGCGUUUAGGGGCAAGAAGAGUCCGUUGGUGGCUGCUGUGGCGGGGUUGGUCAUGUUUGAGAUUGCGGCGGAGAGGGCGGGUGUGAGGGAUGAUGUUAGGGGCCCGGGGACGUUUGUGCCUGCGUUCUUGGACGAGUUGAGUGCGCUGAGGGAGGAGACUGUAAGGGGGGAUGUGAAGUGGUUGGCGGGGGCCAAGGUCGAGGCCGUUGAGGUGGAGGAGGAGUAA